AAAUAUCAGCUUGAUAAUAAUCUGCUAAUUAGCUGCAUUUCAAAACUGAAGUUGCAUGUUUAUGCCUUGAAUUUGGUAGCUUUAGACACAGCCCAGUGUGCUGCAGGUAUAUCUUCAACAGCACAAAAGUAGCUCUGUCUGUUUAGCAGUCUAGGCAGCAAAGAGUGCAUCAAUAGUUAAUUUUGGUGCCUGCAAAGACUGUAUAUUUUUCCCAAUAGAAAUCUGAAAUACUGGCAUCACUAGGGAUUUAAGACAAUUUUCAAGAUGCAUAAGAAAUAAUUUUGCUCAACUUGGAUCAAAAGGCUUUCUUUCUGUUCUGACAUAUUUUUGAAUACCCAGAGGUUAGAGUCAAAAUUGUUUGUGCCAUUUACAAAAUGGGAGAUAUGGGAAUGGUUGACUGCUUUAUAUGUUAUAACUGAAGAUAUUCACCUAGGAUUGACAAAUCCCAGGUUCAAAUUCCUUUCCUGACUGCAGAAGAGAUUUUAAUGAAGGUACCUCAGUCAUUGACUGUAGAAAAGUCCUGAGAGUGACUUUCUUCUGUUCCACAUAGCAUAGAUAAGUAAUUGGCUCAGGACUUACUCCACAGCCAACCACAGUUCUCAAGGAUAACACUUAACAGCUCUAGAAAAGAGGUAUUAGCCUCAAAAUAAAACCCCACGGGAUCUUGCCAGCAGCAUAAUUUUAAUACAUAUCAAAGAGCUGUGCCACACCAUGUUGGAAAUACUGCAACUGUCAAACUGAGUCCAUCGUUAAGUGAAAAUGUUUCUGCAUUUUGUUUGUUUUGAAGGAAAACAACAAGCAAAACAGACCAUGAGGAUCAAAAGCUUUGGACGUCUCUGUAUGUUGAUUCUGGUCUUCCAGGUGCUGCUAGCCACCUGUGAAAGACAGAAGGAAAGCAAAAAGAGAAAACAAGGCAUAGAAAACGGUGGGAAAAACCAGACAGAACCUAACCAACAAAAUGAAAAAAUCCAGAAGUCAAAAGGAGGAAAAUCAUCUCCUAAAGGGAAGUUUAAAACCAAAGAAAAUGCUGAGUGCACCUGGGCAGUGACCAAUAUGAGUGCAACUACUGUGCACAUAGAGUGCAAGCACGGUGACAGCAAGUUCUGGUGUGACUUCUCUGGAGACCCUUCCACCUGUGCACAGUAUGCAGCAAACCAGAAAUCCUUCUGGAAACAAGUCUCCCGAUCUCUGAAGAAACAAAAGCAGAUCUGCCAAGACCCCAAAAGUGUCCUAAAAUCUAAAGUAUGUAAGAAAGGUCCUCAAAGCGCUCACCUCAAGUUGACCCACUCAAGCCUACUAACAUCAGCAGAUCCCACAAAAAGAAAUACAAUCCAUCAUGCAGAAGUUGUUCAGAUUCCAGCACUUGCCUCUGUGACUGAGGAAAAGCUCGAGCAGAGUCCUCCAGACUGUGUUGAAGACAUAGAUUAUAUUGACCAGAAAAAGGUGGCUGAAGAAUACUGCCCAGAAAGUUUUCUUUCUUUGUGCAACUUCUUUAUUACCAUGGUCCAAGACAAAAAGUGCUGAGGAGUUGUUUCUAAGUGUUUCUGUUGUAACAGUCCAGUCUCAUCUAAGUUUCUGCCAACUACUCCAGGUUUUAUUCUGAUGUCUUACAGUGUAUAUCAGAAAAGAAGAAAUACAUUUUUCUGAUUUUGUAUAUACACAGCAGCCUACACCUGACAUAGGUGAAGAUGUUAUAAGUUCUGUUUGCAUGUAGAUUACUACACAGGUGUUACCAAUAGAUGUUAUGUACUCUUGCACAGAACUAUAGAAGUAGUUUCCUUGCCCUCUUAGAGCUAUGCUAGUCAAAGUGAUGAGUCACAGAAUGGCUUAGGUUGGAAGGGACCUCAGAAAUUAUCUACUCCAACCUCCCCACUAUGGACAGGGAUGCUGCUCAACAAGAGUCAGCUGCUCAACGAGAGUCAGCUGCUCAACAUCUCAUACAGCUUGGCCCUGAACACCCUCAGGGAGGAGGAGGCAGCCACAAUCUCACUGGGCAACCUAUUCCAGGGCAGCCACCCUCGUACUGAAGCAUUUCUUCCUAAGAUCCAGUUAAACCUACUCUCCCUCAGCUUAAAACCAUUCCCUCUUGUCCCAUCUCUAGGCACCCUUAUGGAAAGUCCCUCUACAGCCUUCCUGUAGGAUCCCUUUAGGUAUUGGAAAACAGCUAUAAGGUCUGUUUGGAGCCGUCUUCUCUAGGCUGAACAACUUCAGCUGCCUCAGCCUAUUCUCAUAGCAGAGGUUCUCCAGCCUUUGGAUCAUCUUUGUGACCGUCCUUUGGACUUGCUCAAACAGCUCUAUGCCCUUCUUGUGAUGGGGACACCAGAACUGGAUGCGGUAUUCAAGGUGGGAUCUCGCCAGAGUAGAGGAAAGAGGUAGAAUCACCUCUCUUGACCUGCUGGCCACACCCCUCUUAUGCAGCCUAGGAUACGAUUUGAGUGCUAUGCACUUCCUGUGAAUGUACAAGGCUCUUGACCUAAAAUUUAUUAAGAAAAAUAAACUUCAAAAUAUAUGAAAAUA